AUGGAAGUCAACGCUGCAGCGCCUGUUGACCACACUUACAACUACACCUUACCUUUGAACCCAGUCAUUCCUUCGCCCAUCCUGGACUUUUCACGAUCAUCACACAGACCUUAUCACUCUCGCGACAAUUCCGAAUCCGUCCAGGUCAUUUCCUCCCUGAUCGACUCCUUGAGCGCACUCUCAGCCUCCGCAAGGCGAGAUCUGCGGGACGAUUUCGACCUUGAUCAAACAAGUCCUAGACCUUCAGCCGAGUCACCUGUCCGACGUCCCAUCCCUCCUGCGUCGAUUGAUCCUCCCGAUGCAGAUGAAUUGGACCGUGACCUGCACGACCCCCCAACAGUUGACGAUAGCAGUGACGGCGAUGUCGCCGCUGCGCCUGUGAUCCGUUAUGCCAGAAGGCCUCCCGUGCUAUCCAAAAGAUCAAGCAGAUCCCGGUUUUAUUCUUUAAACACUUCACAACCCGGUCUGGCUGCUCGAGAGUCACAGCAGAGUCUCCGUUCCCGUGCCGAAUCCGAGAGUUUUGGGAUCCCUAGCAUUGAGAGAAGACACGGAUCAAGUGCGAGUUCAACCUUUUCGUUGAUUAGUGGCUUCAGCGUUCCACGAAGGCACCCAACCAGUGAAUCUAUCCGCGACAUGGCCACGGCACGACCGGUUGCCCGUCUUGGGAGGGCUCCCUCAGAUGCACGGCGAAGGACCGAGUCUCUCUACAGCGUGGAUCAAGAAAAAGAGAUCCGCCAUUCUGCUCGAUCCUCCUCCAUCGAUGGCUAUUCUCCAGCUGCUGCCCAAAAUGGGGAUAACUAUCCGCUAGAGAGUCCUUCCACGGGCGCUCUUAGUCGUCUUAGUAAAGGUGAUCUUGGAAGUCACAUGAUUCCCUCUCGCCGCUCAUCACUAAGACGAAGCAUUUCGGGAAUUCCAGAUCCGUCAUCGGAAAGCCACCGUCAUUCCAUGCCAACUAAUAAGCUCAGGGAACUGAAUAUUGACACUGACCUCCUCGAAAGCGAAGACUCCACAGUACGGAGGAUUCGAGAGCUUCAGGAAGCACGAGAAAAACGCCAAAAGGAAUGGCGGAAUGAGGCUCGCAAAUCAGAAAAGGCAGCAAAGAGACAUACAAUUGCAACCGCCAAGGUUUCCAGACGGUCGAGUCCUUAUCCCAACUCGAGGCUUUCAGUAGCAGAAGUGGUGGUUGAAACUCCAGAGGCCGAGAGCCCAGUGCAAUUAUCCGCUUGUGUCACCGCUGCCGACCUGGCGAUGAUGCCGGUUAUAGGAACCGACCCCCAGACACCUCUGUCCGCAGUAACACCUACGCACACCUUUCCCAGUAGCGGUGCACCAUCGCGGACAAACAGCUUUUACGGUUCCGGUAAAAGCGCCGCGUCUCAUCUCAAAAGGAACUCGACCACCAUGUCAAUCAAACAAGAUUCCAGCCUCUUGGAACUCAAAACUAUAUCCGAUGAAGUCGACACGUUCCUUGGAGCGCCACGCCUGACGCAGAAGAUUCGACAUCCUCGAACUGGCCGGACUAUUGCGUUUUCAGAGGUGGGAGAUCCAGACGGCUUCGUUGUCCUUUGCUGUGUUGGAAUGGGUUUGACCCGAUAUUUAACUGCGUUCUAUGACGAGUUGGCAAGGACUCUUCGAUUACGACUGAUUACACCGGACAGACCAGGUGUAGGGGAAAGCUCAUCGGUACCGGAAUCGUCAUGCACACCACUCAAUUGGGUAGAUGACGUGGCAGUCAUUUGCAGCCAGUUGGAAAUAACUCGAUUCUCACUCCUUGCACAUUCUGCUGGAGCGAUAUACGCCCUGGCCACGGCUUUGAAAAUGCCCCAAUACGUUCGAGGGCGGAUUCAUCUUCUUGCCCCUUGGAUCCCUCCGUCACAAAUGCCCAAAGGGGCGGCUUUGGGUCCUGACUCACAACCAAUUGCCAAUCUUCCCUUUUCUCAUAAGAUAUUGAGUGUGCUGCCGGCACAGAUCCUCCGAGUCGCCAACUCUCGUUUCUUGACCGCGACCAGUGCGUCUGUGGACACCAAGCCACUCAAGAAGAAGAACAAGGACCGUGAAAACCUUGACGCCACAAUGGACUACUCGUUCCAAGACUUGAGCGAAGAAAGUUUUAUGGAGAGUACCAUGGCUGACAUGGACAAGGAGAACAUGCCAGCGGGAAAUUCUGGCCGAACGCGAGGAAUGUCGUGUUAUCAAGCCAACAACGAGGCUCUGAGACAGCAGUCCAACGGACUCAAAAUGCCCAGCCUUGAGUCCAAGCGUCAAACACAAUACUCGGUUAGGUCGACUGUGCCACAAUCACGGCCUGUGUCACCUAGAUUGACGACUGAAGCUCGCCAUGCCCUGUACAACAAGACUCUUACGCAUCGGAUCUGGUCAUUGGCUACACAGAAUGCCAAUCCAGCAACCGACCUAGUGGUGUGUCUGGAGCGACGCAAAACCAUUGGAUUUCGGUAUCCGGAGGUGACACGCUCGGUGGUGAUUCAUCAUGGCGCCAAAGACACCCGUGUACCGCUCGAUAACGUACGUUGGCUGCACAGUGUGAUGAAACGAUGUGAGCUAAGAGUCCUGGACAACGAAGGACAUGGACUCAUGGCCUCCGCGUCCGCCAUGUCUGCAGUUCUUGGCGAAAUUGCCAAAGAAUGGGAGGAGUGGGAAAAGAUAGCAUUAGGAAAGGACAAGCGGAAGAAGGAAGAUGCAGCCUCUACCCACUCGAGAGCAAGGUGA